UGGGAAAGCAGUCUUUCCAAGAACUUUCUGCAAGGCUCGCUGAGAUGAUUUAUACAAUGAAGAAAGAACAGAUAUUUUGGGUGUCUACAUAUCUGCUGCUUAAUUGUGCCUCUGCCCCUCUUAAUGCCGUCCUUGAUGAAAGUGAAGAAUAUCCCGGAAUUACAGAUGAGUUGCCACCACUGAGACUUUUACAUUCGUUUUGUGCUUUGAAAGCGGAUAAUGGCCCAUGCAGAGCAAUGAUUAGGAAUUAUUUUUUCAACAUUCACACUCAACAGUGCGAAGAAUUUAUAUAUGGGGGAUGUGAAGGAAAUCAAAAUCGAUUUGAAAGUCUGGAAGAGUGCGAAGAAAAAUGUGUAAGAGUUUAUCCAAAGGCUAAGACGGAGACAUUAGAAAAAGUUCUAGAAAAGCCAGAUUACUGCCAUAUGAACGAAGACAGCGGACUCUGUCGAGGUUUUGUCACUAGGUAUUAUUAUAACAACGUGUCAAGUAAAUGCGAAGGCUUCAAGUACGGCGGGUGCCUUGGCAAUCUAAACAACUUUGAAACGCUGGAACAAUGCAAGAACACCUGCGAGGGCAGCAUUGAUUUGCUGAUGGAUGAAACAGUGAAUAAUACAGGAUCGCCUGGGUCUAUGAAUAAUACAUCCCUGUUUAAUUCUGGGGAUAGCCUGUUACCAGCUGAUUCUGGGGAUAGCAUGCCACCUGAUUCUGAGAUUGGUGGAUUACAACACGAUUCUGAGAGUGGUGGAUUACAACACGAUUCUGAGAGUGGUGGAUUACAACACGAUUCUGAGAGUGGUGGAUUACAACACGAUUCUGAGAGUGGUGGAUUACAACACGAUUCUGAGAGUGGUGGAUUACAACACGAUUCUGGGGAUAAUACAUCACCUCCUGUUUCUGUGAAUAAUGACUCUUUCACUCCCCGGCCUCCCACGGUUUCCAGCUUUUUAGAGUUCUACGGUCCUUCCUGGUGUCUGACCCCAGCAGACAGAGGGCUGUGUCACGCCAACGAGAGCCGAUUCUACUAUAAUUCAGUCAUUGGGAAAUGCCGCCCUUUUAAGUACAGUGGAUGUGGAGGGAAUGAAAAUAAUUUCACUUCUAAAAAAGCAUGCCUUACAGCUUGCAAAAAAGGUUUCAUGCAAAGAAUAUCAAAAGGAGGAUUAAUUAAGACCAAAAGAAAAAGAAAGAAGCAGACCGUGAAAAUAGUAUAUGAAAAAAUUUUUGUUAAAAAACUAUAAAUUUGUUACACUAUUACAUCAGCU